UUUGGCUCUCUGUAAUGAAGCGUGUAUUCACCGCUGAAUGAGUUUUUAGUAACGAAAAUAAAACAAAAAUGGCGUCACUGCGCUUCCCCUUCUCGUUUUCUCAGACCCAACCACCUCAUUAUUCCCGCCCUCUCUCCUCCUUCCCCGUCGCCGCCGCAGUCGGAGCAACCGCCGUCGGAGCCACAGCAGCAUUCGCCGUCCUCACUUCCUCCUCCUCCUCCUCUCACCGCCAAUUCUUGGAGACCGCGCUCAACUUCCUCUUCUCUUCGGACCGUACUUCUCUCCCCGCGUGGGGUACCCUUAGCCUCGCCGACAUGUCCGUCCCCGUCGUUGAGUCCAAGAGCGGAGCAACGUUCCCUUCCGUUCUCGGCGAUUCUCAGAAGCUCUGCGGCAUUGGCUUGCGCAGAAAGAGCGUUUUCGGUUUGAAGAACAUUGACGUCUACGCAUUCGGUGUUUAUGCUGAUGACAAUGACAUAAAGGAAUGUCUUGCUGGAAAAUUUGAGAAGCUUUCUGCUUUGGAAUUGAAGGGAAAUAAGGAGUUCACUGAAGAUAUAUUGGAGAAUGAUAUAUCCAUGACCGUUAGUCUUCAAAUUGUGUAUGGAAGAUUGAGCAUUAGUUCCGUGCGGUCUGCGUUUGAGGAAUCUGUAGGUAGCAGGCUGCAAAAGUUUGGUGGAUCGGAUAAUAAGGAAUUGCUUCAAAGGUUCACUGCACAAUUCAAAGAUGAAAUCAAAAUACCAAAAGGAUCUGUGAUUAACAUCUCGAGAGAGAAGGGCUAUGUUCUCCGCACAUCAAUUGAUGGACAGGAAGUGGGAAGCAUCCAGAGUAAACUCCUGUGUAAGUCAAUCUUAGAUUUAUAUCUGGGUGAGGAACCGUUUGAUAAACAGGCCAAAGAAGACAUCGAGCUCAACUUGGCGUCUUACCUCCAGAAGUAGACACUAUUUAGUUAAGAGUUACCUUAAUGCAUGGAUUAAUUUAUUUCAUUACUUGUAAAAUCAAUCUUAUUGAUGAUGUUUAUCGCUUGGGUCACUUCUUGAUUGUAAAAGGAAUGGUUUAUUUAAUAUCUCAUCAUAGAGGUCAAGUACACUACAAUAUGUUACACAUCUCUCUGGCUGAGUGCCAAGAGCUUCAGAACAACUAAGAAAUUUCAUACUA